AUGGUUGAAUUAUUAGGUAGGCAUUGUGAAUAUCCAGAUUGUAAUACACUUGAUUUUCUACCUGUUUAUUGUAUUCAUUGUUCAAAAACAUUUUGUAAACGACAUGGAUCAGCACCUGAUCAUUCAUGUUUAUCUUUACUUCAAACGAAUUCAAUAAAUUCAUCAAAUUCGCCAUCAUUGCUUCCAUGUGCUUAUACCGAUGGUUGUAAAAAUCAAAAAUCUCCAAUUAGUUUUACAUGUUCAUUAUGUUUAAAAAAUUAUUGUGUUGAACAUCGUCAUGUUGAUGAUCAUAAAUGUUCUUAUCGUUCACCGUCACCACCAACACAUCAUUCAUCACAGAUAAAUAAAAAUGAAAUUAGAACAACUGAGAAUUUUUCAAAAGAAAAAUUUAUUGGAACAAAAAAUGAAGCUUUAGCUAAUAAAGUAGCAAUAAUGAAAUUAAAACAAACAGCAAAAGGACCAGCAGGUAUACCAAUGGAAAAUCGUCUUCAUGUAUUUGUACAAAUUGAUGAUGGUGAUGGAAAUAAUAAACGUUAUCCAUUUUACCUUUCAAAACUUUGGCCAUUAGGAAAAGGACUUGAUUAUUUAAUAAAAGAAUUAAAAUUAUUACCAGCUAAUCGUAUAAUUUUAUUAGAUAGAGAGCAAAUUUUACUUGAUUUAUCUGCAACUAUUAAUGAUUUAAAAGAAUUGCAUGAUGCUGAUGUUAUUAUUUUAAAAAAAAUUUAA